AUGCUGUCUCCAGAAGACGCAAGCCAUCCUGGCUUAGCCCGCACUCCCACUUGGGUUCAAGAGAAGCUGUCUCCCAAAGCAGUCAACUAUAUCAAGCGCGUACAUUAUUGGGUCGAGACAGAAUGUAUUCCAGCCGAGCCAGUAGUCAAGGCACAAUUAGCAAAAUAUGGACGAUGGAAGACACCACCGCUUAUCCACGAGUUGCGAGCGAAGGCGAAGAAGGAAGGAUUGUUCAAUUUGUUCUUGCCGAAGAGCUUUGGGAAGCUGAGUCCAGGCUUAACGAAUCUGGAAUACAGCUGCUGUGCUGAGAUCAUGGGACGAUGUUAUUGGGCGGCUCAGACCAUGAACUGCCAUGCACCAGAAACAGGCAACAUCGAGCUCCUGGCCAAGUACUGCAACGAAGAGCAGAAGCAGAAAUGGCUUAUGCCUUUGCUAAAUGGCGAGACAUCAUCGGCAUACAGCAUGACAGAACCGGACAAAGCCUCCUCAGACGCUACGCAGAUCGCUUGUCGGAUCACAAGAGAUCCUGACGACCCGGAGACAUUGGUCAUAAACGGCCGCAAGCUGUACGGCAAUGCUAUGUGGAACGACGAUCUCUCCGUAUACAUUCUCAUGGCUUGCUCAGACCCCGACAACCCGAACCCAUGGAAACGCCACAGCACCGUUAUCGUACCCAAAGGCACGCCCGGCUUCACUAUGGUUCGUAACCUCACAAUCAUGGGCUAUGACCAUGCUCCUGAGGGUCACGGCGAGUACCUCUACGAGAACGCCCGUAUCCCAGCUGCCAAUAUCAUCCUCGGCGAAGGACGUGCAUUUGAGAUCGCACAAGGUCGUCUGGGACCUGGCAGAAUACAUCACUGCAUGCGUCUGAUCGGCCAGACCGAACGUGCCUACGAGCUUGCUCUCAUCCGCGCCACAGACCCUCGCAAGAAGCCAAGAGGAAGACUCAUUGGCGACUUCGACAGCAAUAUCGAGCGCCUAGCCUCUAUGCGACUGCGACUCGACUCCCUACGUCUUGUCGUACUAAAUGCGGCACACACAAUGGACGUCCACGGCAACAAAGCCGGUCGCUAUGCCAUUGCUCAAUCCAAGAUUCUCGUGCCCAAGACAGCGGCAGACAUCAUCGACGAAUGCAUGCAAAUGUAUGGUGGGCAGGGAAUGACACAGCACACAGCACUGCCGGAAAUGUGGACAUAUGCUAGGUUUGUGCGGAUAGCUGAUGGGCCGGAUGCAGCCCAUAGACACCAGGUUGGUAGAGAUCAGCUUAAGACGGUAGGACCGAUCAAGGAGAGGCAUGAUGGGUAUCAGAAGCGGUACAAGGAGUUGUGCGACAAGUGGGAUGUGAAGUAUGAAACUUUUUGA